AAAUUGGCAACUGGCAACAACAACUGUCAAAAAGUCAGAUGUCAAAAAAUUAAAAAAGUUCUUUUCGCCAUUGACGUUUGAGUGCCUCGCGUGCUUGUUUCGAUACACAAAAUGCAGAACGACGCCGGAGAAUUCGUUGACUUGUACUGCCCCAGGAAAUGCUCGGCCAGUAACCGGCUGAUCCACGCAAAGGACCAUGCAUCCGUGCAGCUGGUGAUCGCGGACGUAGACCCGGCGACCGGCCGCGCCGCUGACACCUCCAAGAUGUACGUCAUCUGCGGAGCCAUCCGCAGGAUGGGCGAGUCCGACGACUGUAUAGUGAGGCUCACCAAGAAGGAUGGCAUAUUGAUCAAGAACUACUGAUGUAAUGUCAUAAGGGUAUUAUUUAAGAAAAA